AUGGCUCCUCCAACUGAUCUUCAAGAAGUGCUAGACACUGAGAUCAAGGAAUGGCAUUUCCAUAUAUAUUUCCAUCAGAACAACGCCGACGAACACCAAUCUGCCCUUGAGCUUCGCGAUGCAGUUCUUCGACUACGCCGCGACGGUGCUUUUGUUGCUGUGCCGCUUUUCAGAGUUAACACGGCACCCAUCGGGCCACACCCUGUUGGCUCUUAUGAAAUCUGGUGUCCCUCCGAAUCGUUUGCCUCAGUAUUUUCGUAUUUAUGUAUCAAUCGCGGUGAGCUCAGUAUUCUGGUGCAUCCUUUGACGCGUGAUGAGAUCUGCAGAGACCACGACACACGCAAAGCAUGGAUUGGCCCAUCUUUCCCCCUCGAUCUAUCUACGCUUCCGAUCAAAAGCGAUACUGUGCCUCUGCAGUAUCCCAGUCUCAAAUUCGGGUAUUCAUCCACUGCGGAGCCUGUCCCUCUCAGCGACCGGAAGAAGAUAGGUUCUCACAUAGAGAGAAUCUUGGAGAAAGAGAAAGAGGCGGCCAAGGCGCCGGUGGGCUGA